CUGUUAUGUACGUUGUGGUAUUUUGUCUGGCGUCGAACGUGCCAAAUACCCACGCACGCACCGAAUGACAUUUCGUCAUCUCUGGAGCUGUUUUAGUGAGUUGGUGAAAUUCAUCGAGAUCACUUAUCUGAUGUGUAAGCUGAAAAGUAUCAAGUGAAGUUCGUAGGACUUCCAUCACCCACCAUGGAUUUCGCAGACUGCCUGUCAGCCUUUGAAGAUUUCCUACGCACCAAGGAGACAUUCAGGUGUUCCAGUGAAGAAAUGGAUUCCUUCUUGCAAACUUUAUCCAUUACUGAGGAGACCAGGGAUCUUGUAAAGAAGGCCAUAAUGGGAAAUCCUCCUCCAACUCUCAAGGUGCACAAGCAGACAGUAUCUCUUUCCAGUUGUUACAUUGACAGUAUCAAACAAAUGCAGGAUGUUCUGCAGAAAGACAGGACUGGAAAGUUGGGCCAUAUCAUGCAAGAAAUUCAAAAAUCACUGGGCCUUCCUCAGAGGAACAUGUUCUGGGAGAUCACAACGAUUCUUGAAUUUUCAGGCGAGGAUAGGGUUUCUGUUAGGAUUUGUGAGCAGAAGCAACGAGUCUGUGAAGCGAAAGUGAAGAUGCAUCAGUAUUUCUUGCUGGAAGGUUUGCAAGACGUCGUUGCCUGUCUUUCAGAAAUUGGAAAUAGUUCUUUAGAGGAUGUGUGGAAAUCAUGUAAAUCGUCAUCUGCUCCACUUGCCAUGCAGAAAGUGGGCAUGAAUCAGAGUAAAUUUGAGAAAACGCUGGAGAGUUUCCCCGAAGCUUUCCAAGUUGAAGAUGGUAAAGUGUUCUUGAAAGACAACCCCCAAAUCACAUACUCAUUGAUUCUUUGCCAUAUGCAGUCAGCUCAACAUAAACUCAAAGAUCACCUGUACAAUAAAGGUGCUCUUCUCAAGAAUGAACUGUUCCAUUUGACCCCACAGCUGCUAAGUAGAGCAGAGAUACUCGCAAUGGGAGAAGGCAUGGAAACAUUCUCUUUUGCUCUGCAGUCACUACGUGAUGAUUUCCUUCUAAUACCACCUCACAUGCUAGUCGUUGCCCAAGGAACAUCUCAAGUACAGGACAAUCCUUUUGUAAGUGCUGUCUCCAAGAUCAAAGACUUCAUCAGAGGCGAAAAUGCUGGGAAUGGCACUUUAAUGAGCCAACUUUUAAGAGUUGUUAAUAAGACGCUGGGUCCUUGUGAGCAAGCAGCAGUAGGAAACACUAGCCAGAAGCUCAGAGAAACCAUUGCUGCCUAUCCAGGCCACUUUAUCAUCGGACAUGGCACAGUUUUUGUCGUGUCAGAUGAUGCCGUCCUUCUGGAUGUUAUGAACAUAAAAAUGCAGAAUCUUCCAAUUACCAAGAUCGAUCAGGAGAUAAGUAGUAGUGAGUGUUCAUCAGAUCAGUACACAGAAUCCUUUGAGGACUCUGCAAACUCCUACCCUCUUGAUCAAGAAACGGGUUCAUCGCAAACCGAUAAUGAUGUCUGUAGCUCUGUUCAGUAUACUGAACAAUCUGAAUGCUCAGCAAACUCUGACCCUCCCAAUCGUGACGAAGGUUCACACUGUACAGAUAAUGAUGUAUGUAGCUCCAUUCAGAACACUGAACAUCCUGAAGGCUCGACAAACUCUGGCUAUCUUGAUCAUGACACAGGUUCACUCCAUACAGAAAAUGAGGCACAAAGCUCCAUUCAGAACACUGAACUCCCUGAAGAAUUGGCUAACUCUGACACUCCUUACCGGGACACAGGUUCAUCCCAUACAGAUAAUGAUGUAUGUAGCACGGUUCAAAACACUAAAUGUCUUGAAGACUCUGUACAUUCUGACACUUCUGAUCAAGACACACGUUCACCAUGCACUGAUGAUGAUGUAUGUAGCUCCGUUCAGAACACUGAACAUGAUGAAGACUUGUCAAACUCUGUCACUCCUGAUCAAGACACAGGUUCCACAUGCAUUGAUGAUGAUGAUGUAUGUAGCUCCAUUCAGAACACUGGAGAUCCUGAAGACUUGGCAAACUCUGACCCUCUUGAUCAAGGAACAGGUUCAUCGCACACCGAUAAUGAUGUCUGUAGCUCUGUUCAAAAUACUGAACAUUCUGAAGACUUCACAAACUCUGACCCUUCUAUUCAAGGCACAGCUUCACCUGAUGGUGUAUGUAGCUCUGUUCAGAAGACUGAACAUGAUGAAGACUUGUCAAGCUCUGUUACUCCUGAUCAAGACACAGGUUCCACAUGCAAUGAUGAUGAUGGUAGAUGUAGCUCCGUUCAGAACACUGAACAUGGUGAAGACUUCGCUAUCUCUGACCCUUCUCAUCACAACACAGCUUCACCUCAUGCAGAUGAUAAUGCAUCUACCGGUAGCUCCAUUCAGAAAUCUGAACAUGAUGAAGACUUGGCAAACUCUGUCACUCCUGAUCAAGACACAGGUUCACCAAGCACUGAUGAUGGUGUAUGUAGCUCCGUUCAGAACACUGAACAUGAUGAAGACUUGUCAAACUCUGUCACUCCUGAUCAAGACACAGGUUCAACAUGCAUUGAUGAUGAUGAUGUAUGUAGCUCCAUUCAGAUCACUGGAGAUCCUGAAGACUUGGCAAACUCUGACCCUCUUGAUCAAGGAACAGGUUCAUCGCACACCGAUAAUGAUGUCUGUAGCUCUGUUCAAAAUACUGAACAUUCUGAAGACUUCACAAACUCUGACCCUUCUAUUCAAGGCACAGCUUCACCUGAUGGUGUAUGUAGCUCUGUUCAGAAGACUGAACAUGAUGAAGACUUGUCAAGCUCUGACCCUUCUCAUCACAACACAGCUUCACCUCAUGCAGAUGAUAAUGCAUGUACCGGUAGCUCCAUUCAGAACUCUGAACAUGAUGAAGACUUGGCAAACUCUGUCACCCCUGAUCAAGACACACGUUCACCAUGCACUGAUGAUGAUGUAUGUAGCUCCCUUCAGAACAAUGAACACGAUGAAGACUUGUCAAACUAUGACACUGCUGAUCAAGACACAGAUUCACCAAGCACUGAUGAUGAUGUAUGUAGCUCCGUUCAGAACACUGAACAUGAUGAAGACUUCGCUAACUCUGACCCUUCUCAUCACGACACAGUUUCUGCAGAUGCUGAUGUAUGUAGCUCCAUUCAGGACACUGAACAUGAUGAAGACUUCCCAAACUCUGAUGCUCCUGCUGACACCACUUCACCCGAUACAGAUAAUGAUGUACAUGCAUGUAGCUCGGAUCAGACUCCAUCACUAGGGCAAGACGAAGUUGAAUCUCUUGGAAGUGAGAUCAUCUCAGACUCAGAGUCUCUUCAUUCUGGAACAAGUAGCGAGGCAGGAAACCUGGACCCAGAUACUGUACUUUCAGAAUCAACAGACCAAGAAAUAGUCACUAUUCUUCAGGACUUGAACUAUUUUGGUAAAUUGAUCAAGGAGUUUCUAAGCAAGGCGACCUAUCCGAUACUAUCUGUAUCAUUAUCUGAUGGUUGGUUGAUUGCCAGUCUCUGGGAUGGACCUACCUUCGCUACCUGCUUGACCCCCUCAUCUUGUGAUCAACAGCAGAUACUUGGACCAUCUGAAAGGAUCGCAUUGGAUUUCUUGACCAGUAAAUCGAUCCUGAAGGUUGUUUUCGAUUGGAAGCAUUGUUUUGAGAUAAGUGAUGCACUUGGAAUGCAGAUGGUCAAAGUGUUUGACUUGAUGGUGGCAGAAAGGCUCAUCAGGCCCGGGUCCAAGUUCUCUCAGGCUCUGCCUGAAUCCCUGAAUUUCUUUGGCAUUGAUCCCUGUCAUACCGUAGAGGUUUGUAUAGGAACUAUCCAGGCUCCUGUCUAUGGUGAGGUGUACAGUAAGGAAGCGAUUCUCAAGCUCAAGGAAACGGCAAGGUGGACCAUGAAGCAGGUCCCAUAUCUCUAUCAAAAGAUGUUAAGACUGAUGAAACCAUACCAGAUCACCAAGGUAAGCAAACUAUAUGAUGAUGAAGUUGAAGACCAGCCUUUCCCAUCCAGCCAGAAUGAAGAACCAUCUUGUAGUGCUAUCACAUCAUCCAUAACCAGUUCUGUCACAUCGUCAGCAUCGCCAAACGCUUCUAAGAAUUCUGCUCCUGUUGUGUCAUCCUCUGAAAUGGGUUCACAGGUGCAUGUUCCUGUUACAUCAUCAACAAAAGUAAAGGCCACUUCUGAGAUGCCUGUCUCUGUCCAUAGAGUGUCCUCAACCUCUGGUGAUUUAGAUGAACCCGACAGCAAGGGUCUAGCCCAAUCCAGCAAUGACCUUUUUUAUACCGAGGAGAACCUUCAGAGUGAUCUGCUUUCAGGACCCGAGGUGGAUUCUAACUUUCUCAACAGGGACAAUAGAUCCAGGCCUAGCAGAUCCAGGACCACAUCCGGGUCUAGCAGAUCCAGGACCACAUCUCCGUCUAGCAGAUCCAGGACCACAUCCCGUAGAUCCAAGAAGAUGCAGACAACCAAGAAACAAGAGGAAUCCUCUCGACAAGUCACAGAAGGAUCAGGAAGUACUCCCUCUCCGAUGGCUUAUGAAGACGGGACAUCUGAACAGUUGUCUUGCAUGGUCAAUGCCAAAGUACUCCACUAUGAUGAUGCAGGAAAGCCAAUUCUAAUCACUUGUGCUAAUGAGCUUGCCAACGAAGCCAUCAAUCCAUGUCAGAUCAGUCAUGAACUAUCCAAGGAAUUUGGAGAGAUUGUUAUGCAUGACCAGGAGAAGUUCCUUGAGGCCUUUGGUAUCUGCAUCAAGUAUAACCUGAAGAAGCUUUCGGAGACGGAUAAAUCCCUUGCACUGGAUCAACUCACAGAGGUGGUCAUGGAUUUGGGAAGAAAGCCAAGUGCAAGGUAUUACCAACCAGGACACCCUGGUCAGCUGAAAAUCAAGAACAUUGGUGACAAUAAACUCACGAAGCAAGAUCUCAAAGACAUUCUGGAAGGACAUUGUUCACCGGUAUCAAGUGAUCAUAGGUCUACUAUCAAAGGAACACUUCAUAGAGUGGGGAUUAUGUGCAAUCGUCAAAAUGAACCAAUAGGUCUCACAACUCUCACUAAGCAUGCGGUCCUAGGAUGUGCGACCCCUCUCUUUGACCUCAUGAACCAGGGACAGUCCAUUCUCUUUGUAGGGAGUCCUGGUGUUGGAAAGAGUACCAUAUUGAGGGAAGCAGCCAGGGUGAUAAAUGAUGUUGUGAUGAGGCGUGUGGUCAUCGUUGAUACAUGCAAUGAGAUUGCUGGUGAUGGGGACGUACCACACCCUGCUGUAGGAGGAGCAAGGCGUGUUCAGCUUCCUGACCGUGAUUCACAGCCGAACAUGAUACGAGAAGUAGUGCGCAACCACAGUCCUCACACCCUUGUCAUUGACGAGGUCGUGACUGAAGCGGAUGCUGCGGUGGUCCAUGCAACCAGAGAGAGAGGUAUCCAAGUGAUCUCUGCAGCACCUGGACAGACUCUCCAGGAUGUCAUCCUCAACCCAAAGCUCAGACACCUCUUUGGUGGAAUCCAGAACAUGGCCAUGAGCCAUCCUGGUCAGGGCAUCACUGGACACACCGUCAUGCAGAGGACACAGCCAGCAGCGUUUGACAUCCUUGUAGAGAUGUAUGAUCGGUACCGCUGGAUUGUGCAUACGGAUUUUACGCAUUCCAUUGACCUCUGUCUUCAGAAGGUACAGGUUGGCGUCCAGGAGAGGAGAGUGUUUUUGAAAGAAGUGUCAAAGGGUUCACAAGGAAUUCCUCAAGUGUUGGUGCGAGAUCUUUUUGUCAUGUAUCCCCUAUAAUAAAGGAUUUGAACCAAGUCCUUUAUGGACUCAGGGUGCAGUUGAGAAUAAAAUACCAGUCAUUCCUUGAAUCGAUUUAUUAUACUUUGGGAACUUAUCAUGGUUAGUAAGUAUGAAACUGCCAGCACAUUUAUUUGGUCUUGUUCCAGUUCAUCUUUCACUUUAGCUGUAACAGAUCUUUGAUCUAAUGAAUCCUAAGAAGAGUAGAAAGCCUGUGAAGGUACUGAAGGCAAAAUGUAUUGGUCUUGUGGUUUCAUAAACCUUUUGUCAGUUGGUGCUAAGAGUAUAGCCAAACCAAUACGUCUCAUGCUUAAUACUGCCAAUAUUGAAAUAUUAUAUUUGCAAAAAUUAGUGCUGCUUAUUGGUGUAGACAGUUAUAUUUGUAUCACUUAAAAUUGUGUGAACUUCAGUUCAUUAUGUUUGGAAAUUUAAGAUAUUUAUCUACGUUUGUCAAUGUUGUUCACUUCAAUGUAAUUCAAAGUUUGUAAUUAUCAUGACAUUGUGUGACAUAGUCAUUCUUCAGUGUUAGAUCUCUUUGUUUGUUCUGUAGCUUCAUCAUGCCAUGUUACCAAAUAAUUCUGACCCAGAGUUUGCAAAAAAACAUCAGGUUAUAAAGGUUUACAUCCUUCUAUAUUAAAGAGAACGUGACAAUUCAUACUGCCUUUGAGAUAGGUGUAAAUCACUGUAUGUAUUAGGUAUGUAUGGUAUACUUUGUUUUGUUAAUAAGUCUUCCUCUUUUUUGUUGUUGUUAUGGAAAUGUAUUGGUAAAUCAGGUAUUAAUAUGUUGGAUUUUUUUUGUAAGUAGUCUAGUACUUGUAAGAAAUCAGAGUAAUUAUUGUAAUUGUGUCAAUACUCAUAUGUGUGUUAAAAAAGGAAGGAUUAGAUGUAAUUUUCAUAACCAUAAUGUGCCUUACUGCUUCAUUACCAGUACAAUACAAAGAAUCCUUAAGUAAAGAUUUUCAAGAAAUCUGUCUACAUGUAAUAUUGCUUUGAUUUACAUACCACAUAAAUUAGACAAAAUAAUAUUGAAAGGCCAUCCAACCAAUGUUAGAAGAUAAUUUGAAUGAAAGCGGAAAAAUAAAAUAAAAUAAAUAAAUUAGACCAAUAAUAAGAAAUUUAUGAAUGUUUGAUAUAUGAGAUCACUACAGCUAUGCAAAUCUCAAAUUGGCAAAAUAGUGACCUAGUGACGAAUAACUGUCGUGUAAUAAUAUAUCACUAAUUUCUGUUCUUUCCUCAAGUGCCUGCAUGCACCCUUGGGCCACUACUUAAAAUAUGUUAUGUAGAGUAUCAUUACAGGGCAUCUAAAAAGAAAAGACUAUCCCAAGUCAUACAUAUCGAAAACAAUGAUAGUCAUGUUUUGUGUUGGAACAAAUAGGAAGGUUGCCUGCCACUACAUCACAGCGACAUUACUGAUUCAGCCCGCAAUUUGACGUUCCGAUACUUAUACCGGUAGUGAUUACAAAUUUCAGAAAAUUCAUAACUUUCUAUAUUUUUGGUCGGGUUUCAUUCAAACAAGGUCUACUUCUGAAAUGUCUCUGCCUUCCUUGAGAGUUGUAUGCUAUUAAGGUUGUAUGCAAGGCUUUAUAUCAUUGUACAUGUAAAUUUUAUUCAUCAUUAUUGUUUGGGCGUGGUUUGUAUUUGUAUAUUAUCAAGACAUGUAUGAUUGUAUGUUACUUUGCAUUAACUGUUGUUCAAUGUUUUUUGUCCAGUCAUUAUCAGCACUUUCCAGGAAAUGUGUAUCUCAUUGUGUAUGACCUUUAAAGCAGGUCAACUUAUGAAGUUAUAGGUGUUUAGCCUUGCUAUUGCAAUAGCUAAACAUGGUGACAGUAUAGCUAUAUGAAGAUGAUCCAAUUACAUUUUGGGGCUAGUAGGUCAAGAUCAUAGUCGUCGGUCGACAUUUAAUUUAUAGACUUUGGUUUUCAUCAUGUUAUGUCAUGAAUAAUUUCAUCCAUUUCCUAUACCAAAUUUAAGGAGGCGGCAUAUAGAAGACGCAGUCGCAUUUUUCUUGUUUAAUUAAGCUGGAGAGAAAGAGAGAAGAGUAACAAGUAACCACAUGUGUCGGUUGUUAGUGUCUAGAUCAGUUUUUGUUUCUAUCACUGUUUGUUACUGUGUCUGUUAGAUUAUCAUGAAAAAUAAUUGUGAAUUCAAAAAUACCAAUUAGAACCAUGUCUAACAUUUUGUUUAGAUCUUUUUAGGAUGGUUGGUAUUUUCUGCAGGCCAUACAGAUAGUGGAGAAUAAUUGUAUUAAAGCCUUUACAGUAUGUGAUGCAUGAAUGUACUUUGUAUUCCAACAAAUAGUAUAUAAGAUCUCCAUUAUAGUUUUUUUUUUAAGUGUCAUUCAUACUUACAUACAAAAUAUUUUGUGAGACGAUGAUUUAAUCUAUUGCUGAAAUGUGGAAGAGCUGAAGUAAUGGUGUUUGGUACACAUACAAUAUAGACAUUCACUCUUCUACAGUUGGAGUGAUACCAUAAUUUGAAUGCUAAUCAUUCUUGCAGAAUAAUUAUACAGAUAUUAA